AUGGGCGAGUACGGUUGCAAUGUUUGUAACGAGGAGUAUUCAUCAUUGGAUGAAAAGCGUACACCCAGAGUGCUCACAGGCUGCGGGCAUACAAUAUGCCAAGGAUGUGCUCAGUCUAUCUGUAAGCCAGGGGUAUCGUAUAUUGUUUGUCCGUUUGACAGAGUUUCCACUCCUAUAGCUAGCGGAGAAGUACGCAAUCUCAAGAAAAAUUUUGCUUUGUUGGAGCUCAUAGAGAAAAUACAGCAAGCGAAUUCAGGAGAGGUGGAUCGGUAUGCUCGAGAUCGCUUGCUUGGUAUAUUGACUGCGAUGAAGAUCCCUGUCAUACUGCCGUACUUUUCUGCACCGUUUGUGAAAGUCACCUAUGCGAGAGGUAAUUAA